CUGAACCGCAGUAGAAGACGCGGCGAGUGUGCAGUAAGACACAGUGUUGUACGUUUCGUAAGUGAUAGAUAGAAAAAGAGAGAGAGAGACAGAGAGAAGGAGAGAGAGAGAGAGAGAGACAGAGUGAGACAAAGGGAAAAAGAAAAUAAGAAAAAGAGAGGAGGAGGAGGAGGAGGAAAGGGGAAAAAAAAAGGAAAACAACGAAGGAACGAACGAAGACGAAGAGACAACUUCGCAACGUGAUAACGACAAGUGACAGAGCUUUACUAGCUCUAUUUUCGUUUCAUUUCGUUUCUUUCGUUCAAAACGUUCCUCGUUCGCAUUUUCUUUUGACAAAUCUCUUAUUCACUGUCGUUUAACAUACAUAUUCUAACAUUUGUUCAUAUAUAUAUAUACAUAUAUACAUAUAUAUAUAUAUAUAUAACAUACGUUACGUACGCGAUAUAGAUAUAUGGCAUAUUUUGAUUGUGUAAUAAUCAUUGAAUGAAAUAACGGGUGAAAAAAAGGGAGAAAAAAAAAGAAAAAAAAAAUAUAUAUAUAUAUAUUUUUGCUGAGUCCGUAACAAUGGCAGCGUUCAAACGAAUAACCGGUUUAACAAAAGCUUUAGCGUCUAUGACAACGUCUACAACACGAAUUUCUUGUCUACCUGCGAUUAAGAAAAACUACUUUACCUACGUAAACGAACCAUCAAUGCCAAUACCAGGAAAGGAACCCUGUUGGCUAAAAACUGCUGACGAAGCUAUUGAACAGGCCAAUCUUGAUUCAGAUCAGAUAGUAUUUAUCCAAGGAGCAGCAGCUACACCAAUUGAGUUAAUAAGAGCAAUGACCGACUAUGGAGUGCGGUGUGACGUGAGAAAUGUACGUUUAUAUCAUAUGCACCUUGAAGGACCCGCACCAUUUACUAAACCAGAGAACGCAAAGCAUUUUAGAUCCAUGAGUUUAUUCAUUGGUGGCAAUGUAAGGAAUGCAGUUAAUCAGGGUAAUGCAGAUUGCGUUCCUAUAUAUCUACAUGAAAUUCCAAAGUUAUUUAAGCAGGGAUACAUAAAACCUAAUAUUGCUCUAAUUCAUGUAAGCCCACCUGAUUGUCAUGGUUAUUGUUCUCUUGGAACUAGCAUAGACUGUGUGCGCUCUGCUAUGAGUAAUUCCAAAUAUAUCGUAGCAUUAGUAAAUAAAAAUAUGCCAAGGACAUUUGGGGAUGGUAUAAUACAUAUCAGUCAUAUAGAUUAUGCUGUACACCAUGAUGUACAAUUGCCAAUGCAUCCCACAAAGAAGCCAUCAAAAGAAGAAGAACAAAUUGGCAAAAAUAUUGCUGAAAAUUUAGUUUUAGAUGGUGCCACGUUACAAAUGGGUAUUGGUAGCAUCCCUGAUGCAGUACUAUCGAAUUUAACUAAUCACAAGGAUCUAGGUAUUCAUAGUGAAAUGUUCAGUGAUGGCGUUUUGGAACUUGUAAAAAAAGGAUGCAUAACAAAUAACCAAAAAACUAUGCAUAAAGGUCGUAUAGUAGGAUCAUUUUGUAUUGGAACAGAAAAAUUAUACGAAUUUAUGAAUGAUAAUCCUUUUAUAGAAAUGUUAAUGGUAGAUUAUGUUAAUGAUCCCAAAAUAGUUGCCAAACAACCUAAAAUGACAGCAAUUAAUUCUUGCAUAGAAGUCGAUCUUACUGGUCAAAUUUCUUCCGAUAGUAUCGGGACUAGAAUGUAUUCAGGUUUUGGUGGCCAAUUAGACUUUAUUAGUGGAGCAGCUAUGGCAGAUGAUAAUUGUGGGAAACCAAUCAUAGCUUUACAAUCAAUGACUAAAAAGGGUGAAAGCAAAAUUUUGCCAGUAUUAAAAUUAGGUGCUGGUGUAGUUACUAAUAGAGCAGUUGUUCGUUAUGUUGUAACUGAACAAGGAAUCGCAAGUUUGUUCGGAAAGAGUUUACAACAAAGAGCAUAUGAAUUAAUUAAAGUAGCACAUCCAAGUCAUAAAGAAGCUUUAGAAAAAGCUGCGUUUGAACGUUUAAAAGUAAUGCCGGCACCAUAAAUUA